AUGCUGUGGGAAUAUUUUUGGGAUUCUUGGUCUACAAAAUUGCCGUGGAUCAAUUCUAGCUCAGAGCCAGCGCUCACCGAUGAUUCAUUAAUAAUAACUCGAUCGGUGCUUAUUUUGCGACGCACUAGCGUGUACCUGAAAAUUCUGUUGAUUAAGAAGUGUGAGACGGAUGCGAGCAGAUGGCGAAUCAUGAUUGACCGGGCGCAAAUAAUUUGCCCAAGAAUAAAGCACAUCGAAAGUGACGAAUGCCCAUGGAGCUGGGCGCCUGGUUGUCACUGGUCAUCAUUCAUUGCAAGUGCAAAAUUGAACUCCAUCCCACGUCACGCACUGGUAUGUGGAUUGGUUGCAAGUGGUCGAGUUCAUUGA